CUCUACCCCAGAUAUGCCAACAGCAGAAAACCUCGAAGACAUACCGGAACAGAAUAGUCACGUCCCACAUCCGGUAUAUGUCACUGUCCUUAUUUCAAUGCCAGACGCCACCCGUCCAACCCAUUCAAACAAAAAGGCUAACCAACUACAGAAGAGCGAAUUCAAGGAACAAAACCGAAUACCCCUUCCCAGUCUCACCCUCGGUACGACCCAACCGAGCGUCUCUCUUCCCUCGCUACGAUUACGACAAGAGGAACUGGACACUUGGUGGGACUUGCCCUCCUACUCUCCUCAUAAUUUAUACAAUACACCAAGAGGUAUUGCACUAGGACCAGGAAUAGGAGUCGCUUUCAAUCGAUUUGGGGUACAAAUGAAUCCUCAGUUGGCGUACGCUAUGGCCCACGAACGACGCUCAAGAGAAGUCGAACGAGAGAGGGCACAUCGACACUACCCAGUACUAUUACAAGAUCUGAGGAUGAGUAGUACUGCCGGCGGGCGAUGA